AUGCGGCCCCGGCCACGUCACCUACCUGCGGCCUCUGGCCCCUGUCGCCUACCUGCGGCCCCGUCCUCGUCGCCUACUUGCGGCCCCGGUCCCGUCGCCUACCUGCGGCCCCGUCGCCUACCUGCGGCCCCGACGCCUAACUACGGCCCCGUCGCCUACCUGCGGCCCUACGGCCCCGUCUCCUACCUGCGGCCCUACGGCCGCGUCGCCAACCUGGCUACCUGCGGCCCCGUUGCCUACCUGCGGCCCCGUCGCCUACCUACGGCUCCGUCGCCUACCUGCGGCCCCGGCCAAGUCACCUACCUGCGGCCUCUGGCCCCUGUCGCCUACCUGCGGCCCCAGCCUCGUCGCCUACUUGCGGCCCCGGCCCCGCUGCCUACCUGCGGCCCCGUCACCUACCUGCGGCCCCGUCACCUACCUACCGCCCUGUCGCCUACCUGCGGCCCCGCCCCCGUCACCUACUUGCGGCCUCUGGCCCCUAUCGCCUACCUGCAGCCCCUGUCGCCUACCUGCGGCCCCUGUCGCCUACCUGUGGCCCCUGGCCCCUGUCGCCUACCUGCGGCCCCGGCCUCGUCGCCUACCUAUGGCCCCGUCGCCACCUGCGGCCCCGCCCACCCUUGCGGCCCCGUCGCCCACUUCGGCCCCGAUGCCACCUACGGCCCCGCCCACUUGCGGCCCCGACCCCGCCCCGGCCAUGCCCCGUCGCCAGCCGCGGCACACCGGGGGCACGUGCACCGCCCCCCCUCCCUUUUCCCGUCACCUUUCGAGGCGACCUGGAAGGGGGGGGCAGCUGCCGCUAGGGGGUAG